UUGACAUCAGAUAGAGAUCUGCCGCAAUGGUUCCUAUUGUAAUACUUCUACUUUGGAGUUCAACAGUAACAGCAUCGCCAAGGGGAAAGGCGAACUCUGACAAGUUCCUUUUGUGCGGUGAAAAAUUCAGCGUCAUUACUGUGUCAAAGGCAGCAUUCUUGGGUUCGAGGCUCUUCGAAGCAUGCGGCAAACAAAUCAUGACUGAUUUUCAGUAUCCUGCUUCACUGAUACAGAAGGGGAUCACACUGGCCUGUUUCGCUAUCCGUGCAUGCUACGAUAAAUACAAGACUGUGAAAGAUGAGGACAUGAAAAAGUUCAAGAACCAAAUUGCGAGCUGUGUCCCUGUAGUCUUCAUCUCUAUUGGCAACUUGAACAAGCACUAUGUCAAGAAUACGACUAUGGAUUACGAGAACCUCAUACACGCAGUUAAAGAUUGCUUCCAAGACAACGACCUUGUCCCGGAAAAACCCGAGAUUGCGUUGGCAAUGGUUCGAUGGUAUCGUGCCACAUUCUUUCGUUAACAUAACAUUGGUUUGACUUGUGUUUGCAAAUAAAAUAUUUCAUUACA